CGCUGACUGGAUGACAACUAGUUAAACAAGUGAUCAAUCGGUAGCGGCAUUAGAUUUGCUAUUUCUUCAUCUUAAAUGGGACAGAACCAGUCCGGUGGAGGUGGUCAAGGAGGUGAUAAAAAGGAUGACAAGGAUAAAAAGAAGAAGUAUGAACCACCAAUUCCAACUAGAGUUGGCAAGAGGAAGAAGAGAAUUAAGGGUCCGGAUGCUGCAACCAAACUUCCGCAGGUCACACCACACACCAGAUGUCGCUUGAAGCUACUGAAAAUGGAGCGAAUAAAAGAUUACCUCUUGAUGGAGGAAGAAUUCAUUAGGAACCAGGAGCGACUGAAACCCCAGGAUGAAAGGCAGGAGGAGGAAAGAUCAAAGGUAGACGACCUGCGAGGCACCCCAAUGUCGGUUGGAAGCCUCGAGGAGAUCAUUGAUGACAAUCAUGCGAUCGUGUCAACCUCGGUCGGCAGUGAGCACUAUGUCAGCAUUCUCUCAUUCGUUGACAAAGAUCAGCUAGAGCCUGGAUGCUCUGUGCUUCUUAAUCACAAGGUGCAUGCUGUGGUAGGAGUGCUGUCAGAUGACACUGACCCAAUGGUGGCUGUCAUGAAGCUGGAAAAGGCUCCGCAGGAAACGUACGCAGAUAUCGGCGGGCUAGACCUACAGAUUCAAGAGAUUAAGGAGUCUGUCGAACUGCCGCUGACGCAUCCGGAGUACUACGAGGAGAUGGGCAUCAAACCACCGAAGGGUGUUAUACUGUACGGAGCGCCGGGCACCGGUAAGACGCUGCUCGCCAAGGCCGUCGCCAACCAGACGUCGGCUACCUUCCUCAGAGUCGUCGGCUCCGAGCUCAUCCAGAAGUACCUCGGCGACGGGCCGAAGCUUGUGCGCGAGCUGUUCCGCGUUGCUGAGGAGCAUGCGCCCUCUAUUGUCUUCAUAGACGAGAUCGACGCGGUCGGAACGAAGCGCUACGAGUCGAAUUCGGGCGGCGAGAGGGAGAUCCAGCGAACAAUGUUGGAGCUGCUCAACCAGCUCGAUGGUUUUGACUCGAAGGGCGAUGUUAAGGUUAUCAUGGCAACAAACAGGAUAGAGACGCUUGACCCCGCACUGAUCCGGCCCGGCCGGAUAGACAGGAAGAUAGAGUUCCCGCUGCCGGACGAGAAGACUAAGCGUCGCAUCUUCAUGAUCCACACGAGUCGCAUGACACUGUCAACCGAUGUCACACUUGAUGAGUACGUGAUGGCCAAGGACGACCUCUCCGGCGCUGAUAUCAAGGCAAUAUGCACGGAGGCGGGACUGAUGGCGUUGAGAGAGCGCAGGAUGAAGGUCACAAACGAAGACUUUAAGAAGUCCAAGGAGAACGUUUUGUACAGGAAGAAUGAAGGCACUCCAGAGGGACUGUAUUUGUAGACUUACCAAGUGAAACUCCUAUAUAUAAACCGAUAUAUUAUAAGAGAAAGUCCAUGUUUCUGUGUACAUGUGGUGCACAUUGAUGCCAUUGAAUUCUAAAACUUUCUUUGGAAACUAUUAUUUAUUGGCUUGUGGAUUAUUGGGAAAACUACGCUCUCAACAUUAAUUCCAAUACGUAUUUACUUAUACUGAUUAUUAUGACUCAUCUCUAAGAGUAUUUGAGCUAAAUGCUCAUCACCGACUGGAUAAUUCUGGCCAACUAUAUGUUGAAGUGCAUCCUCUGACCAGUGGCUAAUGCCUAGAUUCAGGGCAAACUGACAUGGUGUAUUGAAGCUUGAUUUUAGGUUUUCCAUCGAACAUCAGUGUAUGUUAUUCGUGAUGCAAAAUCGAUGAAUAAAUAUAUUUAAAAAGUGAAA